CACUAACUAUAAGAGAGUACCACUAUAGCCGUCGAUACACAAUAGAAGGUUGUCCCGGCCAAGCCGUCCCAACCGGCCGGCCGCUGCGCCUCAACUCCCCGGACGGCGCGCGAAAGCUCUCCUCUGCCGUUGCGACGUAAAGAAGUGCAGUAGAAAGUUUUGUGCUUGAAAGUGAAAGAGUGGUAAGAUGCAGAAAUUAGGGGGCUUCAAGCUGCCCCACUUCUUCAAUUAUCCACCCUAUUUCACUUUGCAGCCAGUAAGGGAAACACGUGAGAAGCAAGUGCAACUAUGGAAGGAACUGAUACUUGAUUACUGUAGAAGUCAAAAAAUAUUUGUUAUUGGGCUGGAAGAAGAUUUUCCCCUGUUUUCUAAUCCAGUCAUUGAAAGAUCUCUAAGCCAUGAGGCAAGAGAGGUAUUUCUAAGUGCUCUGGUUGCUGAAGGCCGUGCAGAAUGGAUGGACAAAAGCCAUAAGAAAUGUCUUAUUCUGUGGCUAAGAAUUCAAGCUUGGGCAGAUUAUAUUUUGAACUUUGUAAAAGAAAAUGGAUUUGAAGACAGCGUCAUGACUGUCGAGGAUAUACAAUCAGGAAUUGAAACUCGUGGGACCGAGCUUGCGGGGAUUGAUCGUUGUGUGCUGAUGCGUGCCCUGAGGUUACUUGAACAGAAGGGUAAAGCAGCAAUUUUCAAGGGGACUUCAACAGAUGAUGAAGGAGUGAAAUUCUCUGCUUAAAUUAUACAUAUCCUGUUUCCCGACGGAUGGUUGAUCAUUCCCAUUUACCAACCAAAUUCCUAAUCCUCAAAAAUCUUCACAUUUUAUAUUUUGUUUAUCAGAUUGAUGAAUAAAGUGUGUAUGAGUAGCCGUUUGCAGAGUAUAAUUUGUUGAUGCUUUAAAUCCAAGGAACAUGUAUACAAGUCCAUAUCUCAUUCCUCAGAAUAUCGAAAAAAGGCCAGACUGUAGUCUGAGUGAGCUCAGUGCUUGCUGGUUUUUGGGGACCA